CCAUGUUUCAUCGAUAGCGCAAGGUUGUUGUUAGCCAUAUAGCUAGCUAGCAUACCACUUGUUCGAUUGUAUUUACGCUGUGGUAUAUUUUUUGCAUGACAUUUACACAGAUUGGUCGUCAAUUGCAAGGAAAUACAAGAGGAUCCAGUUGUAUGUUUCCACAUUAGCCAGAGAGCUAAGUUAGCUGGACUAGCUAGCUAGGGUAGACUGUCAACAACAACCCUUCCCUGCUCUGUUAGGAAUUAGGAGUCAUAGCUACUACCUAGCUACAGUAACAAGAGUGACUUACAACCACUAGAUACACAGCUACUGUAGGUCUUCUUCAAAAAUAUUUAUCUUCAAUUGAGCAUUCACAUUGUCUGAGAACUGAGUAAGAGAUUGACGCAGUUGGAGUUGCUUUCUUUCUUUAUUAUACUACCUGAAGUUUAAAGUCCUUUUUACAACGUCUUCAUGGGGAUGAGUCGAAUAGAGUGUAUAUUUUUUAGUGAGUUUCACCCCACACUGGGACCAAAGAUUACUUAUCAGGUGGAUUCCAGUCACGUUGUAUAAUCGUCUCAAGGAUGAUCAAUGGAAACAGGAUGCACCUGAGCUCAAUUUCGAGUCUCAUACCAAAGGGUCUCAGUACUUAUGUAAAUAAGGUUCCAGAGGAGUACAUAUCCCGGGAGCUCUUUGACACAGUACAGGUGUACAUCAUUACCAAACCAGAACUGCAGAACAAACUCAUAACUGUAACGGCCAUGGGGAAGAAGUUAAUUGGUUGUCCGGUGUGCAUCGAGCACAAGAAGUACAGCCGUAAUGCUCUGCUCUUUAACCUGGGCCUUGUAUGCGAUGCAAGGACCAAGACCUGUGCCCUUGAGCCGAUUGUCAAGAAGCUGUCAGGGUACCUCACAACGCUGGAGCUGGAGAGUGGGUUCAUAUCGAACGAGGAGAGCAAACAGAAACUGCUACCUAUUAUGUCCACGUUGUUAGAGGAGCUAAAUGCUACCGGAGCCUGUACCUUACCCAUCGAUGAGUCCAAUACAAUCAACCUGAAGUUGAUUGAGCAGCGCAGGGACCCUCUGAUCGUGCAGGAGUAUGACGUGCCUGUCUUCACUCAGUGCAAAGACCACUUCAUCAAAUCCCAGUGGGAUCUCACCACUCAACAGAUCCUGGCCUACAUUGAUGGGUUCAGGCAUAUCCAGAAGAUAUCUGCAGAAGCGGAUGUUGAACUUAAUCUAGUCCGGAUCGCCGUACAGAAUUUACUGUAUUAUGGUGUUGUAACCUUGGUAUCAAUAUUUCAGUACUCCAAUGUGUACUGCACAACCCCUACAGUCCAAAGCCUGAUAGAUGACAGGUCCAUUCAGGAGGAGUGUCUCAACUAUGUCACCAAGAAAGGACAGAAGAGAGCCUGUUUAAGGGAUGUGUUCCAGCUGUACUGUGGUCUGACUCCAGGCACCACAGUUCGCGACCUUUGCUCCCGCUACUCACAGCAGCUGCAGAGGGUAGAUGAGAGGAGGCUGAUCCAGUAUGGACUGAUGAAGGCUCUCAUUCGCCGUCUGCAGAAGUAUCCUGUUAAGGUGACACGAGACGAGAGGAGCCGCCCACCACGCCUUUACACUGGUUGCCAUAGUUACGACGAAAUCUGCUGCAAGACGGCGCCUUUCCCUGUAUUUGCAGGAAUGAGCUACAAAGAGCUGGACGAGCGCUUGGAGAAUGACCCCAACAUAAUUGUGUGCUGGAAGUGAUACCCUGGCUUAAUCAGCAACCACACUCACUUUGAUAGAGAAAGCCAUCUCUCUAACAAAGACAGACACGAGGUCCGAUUGUACUGAAACAGAGGCCUCCUGCUCGUCUCUCAUCUGACCCACACAACUGCCUGCUGUCCAGGAGACACAAUGUGGAUCAAUCUCGGCCAAAGAUGCCUUAAACUGACUUUUCUAUCGUUGUUGUCUGUGGACUUCAUCUGAAAUGUUCUGGAAAUUAUCUGUGCAUUCAAAGGCUGAGACAUGUAGGAAUUUUUAUACUAGUAGUAUGUCACCAAUGUCACUUGUUAUCAUUCUCAGGUUUUUCCAUCCAGACUUUGAAUCAAUAAUUGUGGGAUAGUUUCAUUCAGAACAAUGAAUGGAAUCAUUUAAAAAGACCACAAAAAUUAGGAAUGUGGCAGGUAGCCUAGCGGCUAAGAGCAUUGUGCCAGUUCAGCAAACAUUCGCUAGUUCAAACUCUUGCGCCGACUAGGUUAAAAAUCUGUUGAUGUUCCCUUGAGCAAGGCACUUAACCGUAAUUGCUCCUGUAAGUCGCUCUGUAUAAGAACGUCUGCUAAAUGACUCAAAUGUAAAAUGUGCUUAUUAAUGUACCGAAAAAUGAUAAUACCAACUCCUUACAAUAAUAAAGAUGCUUUGUCGAUUUGAAUGA